AUGCUAAAGAUGCCCAGUGCCAUCUGGGACCACGCUCCAUUUGGGAUGGAAGCUGAAUAUGCACAUCCUUUGGAAACUCUGAUUCUUGGAGCUGGAUUUUUCAUCGGAAUCUUGCUUUUGUGUGAUCAUGUAAUUCUUCUUUGGGCAUGGGUGACCGUUCGUUUGCUGGAGACUAUUGAUGUCCACAGUGGCUACGACAUUCCCCUCAACCCCCUAAACCUCAUCCCCUUCUACGCCGGCUCGCGGCACCACGAUUUCCACCACAUGAACUUCAUCGGGAACUACGCGUCCACGUUUACCUGGUGGGACAGACUUUUCGGAACAGAUUCUCAGUUUAAGGCCUAUUAUGAAAAGAUGAAGUUUGAGAAAAAGACUGAAUAA